UAAUUACUGCCUUACAUGGUCAAACAUCUCCACUGACUCUCUGACCUGUGGUAGUUCCUGCUCUGACGUCACCGCCUGCCACUCAGGUCUGGGGGAAAGAAGUUUCACUUUCUUAGUGGGAUUCAGAAACGGUUGAUUCCUAGAAAGCCGAGGUGUGAAGAAAGAAGCACUGACCUGGAGGAGACCAAAGAGCCGUCGUACCAGCUGUUAGGUCAAUACUUCCACAGGAAGAGGUUUCUGACCCUGUGACUGGUCCCUCUGUGAUCCUGAAGGGACUCUCUCUCUCUGUGUGUGUUGAAAAAUCUGAACCAUGUGGACCGGUGAAGGAGAGGUUCAGGUGAAAGCCCGGAUGGAGACCACCCCUGCCAUGGGCGUCCCUAGUAUCUCUGUUUCCCAGAAACAGUCCCCUAAAAAGUUUGGCCCUGUGGUGGCCCCGAAGCCCCAGUUCAACCCCUACAAGACUGGAGACCCCAUUGACCUUGCUGGAGGGAACUACCCCCCUCCUCCUCCACCUGCUGACGACGGAGGCCUCCCAUCCCUCAUGUCCUCCCCCCUCCAUCCAUGGACAUAGAAUACCAGAUGUGCAGGCCACAGAAGACCCUAGAGGAGAGGCGGUCCAGUCUGGAUGCUGAGAUUGACUCUCUGACCUCUAUCCUAGCUGACCUGGAGAGUAACUCACCUUACAAGCCCCGCAAUGCACAGAACUCUGAAAGUCUUCCGUCUGUGACCAGUCCCAAUGCUCCGGUCACCGGCUACAAGCGUAUGGUCAUCCCGACUCAGCCUCCUCUGACGGCCACUAAGAAGUCCGGGGCCCCAGGUGGAACACUGCCCCGUUCCCAGGCGGAGCACUCCCCCUCCUCUGCCUCCCCAGUGGCCAGGCCUCAGUUCCAUACGGUGCCACAGCCAGUCCCAGCCACCUACGCCACAGCCUCCACCCCCAGCCAGCCCACCUUCAAUGUACAGGUGAGGUCUGCCCAACCCGCCGCCCAGCACCAGUCCCCAGGACCCCCCCAGCAGUUUGCCCAGCAGCCGAUCCGGAGCCCAGCCCAGGUCCAGUACGUGUCUGCUCAGCCACAAGGCCCUGACUCGGCCUACGGGCCCCCUCAGCCAGGCUUCGUCCCUCAGCCAGGCUGCGGUGUGCCAGCUGUGGGGAUAAUGUGGUGGGUGAGGGUACCGGCUGUACCGCCAUAGACCAGGUCUUCCACGUGGACUGCUUCAUCUGCAUGACCUGCAGUGGCAGGCUGCGCGGUAAACCCUUCUACGCCGUGGAGAAGAAGGCCUACUGCGAGCCCUGCUACAUCAACACCCUGGAGUCCUGUAACAUCUGCAGUAAACCCAUCAUGGAGCGCAUCCUGCGGGCUACAGGGAAGGCCUACCACCCACACUGCUUCACCUGUGUGGUGUGUCAACGCAGCCUGGACGGUAUCCCCUUCACUGUGGACGCUGCCAACCACAUCCACUGCAUCGACGACUUCCACAAGAAGUUUGCCCCUCGUUGCAGUGUGUGUUCUGAGCCCAUCAUGCCAGCUCCAGGCCAGGAAGAGACUGUUCGUAUCGUGGCCUUGGAUCGAGACUUCCACGUGCAGUGUUACCGCUGUGAGGACUGUGGGUCUCUGCUGUCUGAAGGGGACAACCAGGGUUGUUACCCCCUGGACGGACAUGUCCUCUGUAAGAGCUGUAACACCAGCCGUAUCCAGGCCCUCACCGCCAAGGCUACCACUGACCUCUGAACCCAAGAUACCCUGCUGUUCACGCUAUCUGCUCCCAUAGCCCUGCCUGGCUGGCUGCAGCACGCACACACACACACGCACGCACACACACACACACACACACACACACAGAGAGACACAGACGCGCACACACACACACACACACGCACACACACACACACACACACACACACAGACACACACACACACACACACACACACAUAAAGAGACAUACACACGUUCAGAUACAGACCUACAUAUACACACACUAAGCCAGCUUCUCUCUUGCACACACACCUAUGAACAUUAUGAAAAAUAUGAAUAUUAUGAAAUUGCUAAACAAGGGCUAAACAGCGAUUGUGAUGUCCCUGAAAUGAUGACGUUCUCAGUACAAGCAGCACUGAAGAGGCCUGAUGUCUGAUCCUUUAUAAAACUGUUUUCUCGUUGUUCAUCUCCAAAUGUACAUGUCUCCGUUGUAGUCAUUUAGCAGCAGACACUGUUAUUCAGAGAGACGUACAGACCAGUGGAAACCUCUACUUCCGUUGGAGCAACUCUGAAAUGUGUAUUAUGGAGGAUGUGGUUAAAUGUCUAGUUCUGCAGUGAGACCGUGAGAGCUUGUUGGGAGAAGAGACUGACUGCCUGACGACCUGCCUGACUGACUGUCUGCCUGACUGACGGCCUGACUGACUGACGACCUGCCUGACUGACUGACUGACUGACUGACUGAUGACCUGACUGACUGACGGCCUGACUGAUUGAC